CAAUUACACAAACCCCCCAGAUACGUUCUGGCCAGUAUACUGUGCUCAUGCGGGGGCCUGCUGUUUGGAAUGGAUACUGGCAUCAUUGGGCCUGUCACGGUUAUGAACAGCUUCGUUUCACAAUUCGGCAGCCAAUCAUCAACAGUUCAUGGCUUAAUCGUUAUCAGCAUUGGUGCCCUGAUCUUUGCGAUUGGAGCAACUUUGGAGGCGGCUGCUGUGCAUAUCGGUAUCUACAUUUGCGAAAUCUCUCCGCCGAGGGUUAGAGGAGCAUUGACGACCGGGCUCCAGUUGCUGGUUACUCUGGGGUUGACGAUAGGGUUCUUCACAUGCUACGGUACUUCUCGUAUGAAGUCUUCCUAUUCAUGGCGCACGCCUUUCAUUAUCUUGGCUUGUCUGGCUACUACCUUCUCUGUAGCUUCACUCCUGUGGUUAAAUCUCUCACCGAGAUGCCAGGCUGAACAUGAAAAGGCCGAGAUUGAGCAGACUCAGGGCGUCCCUCCUGCUUCCAGCGACAAACAUGCUCCGUCCGCAUCCCAUCGUCAAGACAGAUUAGUAGAUCACAAGUUUUCCGAUCUGUUUUCCAAAAAUGUACGGACACGCACUUUUUGGCGGUGUUUCUCAUGGGCAUGCAGCAACUCAGCGGAAUUGAUGUAUGCCCCAUUGCUUUUCGAGAAAGCAGGCCUAGAUUCCUCAGAUGCUAGCUUCUUUGCCUCUGGUGUUUCUGCAAUAGUUAUCUUCGCCGUAACCAUUCCGGCGCUCAUAUGGGCGGACAGGUGGGGCCGACGACGCAGCAGUAUCUACGGUGGCAUCGGCCUCGCCGUCACAAUGUUCUUGAUAGGGGGCCUCUACGCAGGGAAUGCCGUAUACAACUCAACUGGUGCAGGUCGGUGGUCAUAUACUCUCAGCCGGGCAGUUGGCAUUAAGAUAUAUGCAGCAGAGAUACAACCACAAAGGACUCGCGCAUCGGCCACUAGCCUGGCACAUGGCAGCAACUGGGCCGCCAACUUUCUGGUCGCACUGACGACACCCAUUUUACUGUCAAAGAACAGCUUUGGUGCAUACUUUCUCUUUGGAGGAUGCACCCUGAUUACGGCAUUCAUCUGCGCCCUCUUCAUGCCCGAAACAAAAGGACAAUCCUUGGAUGAGAUUGAGGAGGCAUUCAGAUCUAAAUUGCUAUCCAAAACACUGUUGAAGGCCUUCGGACCUAUUACCCAGACAGCCCAGGGAUAA